UGGAAAGUUGGGAGCCUCAGUCGCUGGCCUGGAGCGCAGCAGCGGCGGAGGCGGCACCGCAGGCUCGCAGCGUCCCUCAGGGCAUGGACCCGGUGCUCUGCCGGUGCUCAGCUACUCGGAGCGCCCUGCACGCGCCGUAGAGCCAGCGACCUACCCAGGCGGACAAAAGGCGCCACAUCCCUGCGCUGCCCAGCCCAGCCCCUUGAGGCAGCCGGCCUCCAGGCUGGUCCCCAUCUCAUUCUCCGCUCCAAAGUUUGAGUUAGUUCAGAAACUGCAAAAGGCUGAUGAGGCACCAGAGAGGAAGUCCUCUGCCUGCUGUUGAGGAGUAAGCACGGUGCUUAGGAGCUGAGGGCAAAGAGAAAAGCGGCGGGCAAACAAGGAAAAAAAAAUGACUGCCCAGGAAGUGGUCCACAUAGUAUUCCUGGUGGCUCUUCUGCAUUCUUCCCUAGCUGGAGAUGGGACCUCCCAGUCUGAGAGCAGGGCUGAGGAGAUUCCAGAGGGGGCAUCCACGUUGGCUUUUGUGUUUGACGUGACUGGCUCCAUGUAUGAUGAUUUAGUUCAGGUUAUUGAAGGGGCUUCCAAAAUUUUGGAGACGUCCUUGAAAAGACCCAAGAGACCUCUUUACAACUUUGCUUUGGUGCCCUUCCAUGAUCCAGAAAUCGGUCCAGUGACAAUUACCACAGAUCCCAAGAAAUUUCAGUAUGAACUCAGAGAACUGUAUGUUCAGGGAGGUGGUGAUUGUCCAGAAAUGAGUAUUGGAGCUAUAAAAAUUGCCUUGGAAAUUUCUCUUCCUGGUUCUUUCAUCUAUGUUUUCACUGAUGCACGGUCCAAGGACUAUCGGCUCACCCAUGAGGUGCUGCAGCUUAUUCAACAGAAGCAAUCUCAAGUGGUAUUUGUGCUCACUGGAGACUGUGAUGACAGGAAUCAUAUUGGCUACAAAGUCUAUGAAGAAAUCGCCUCUACAAGUUCUGGUCAAGUGUUCCACCUGGACAAAAAGCAAGUGAAUGAGGUGUUGAAGUGGGUGGAAGAAGCAGUCCAGGCCUCCAAAGUUCACCUCCUAUCCACCGAUCAUUUGGAACAGGCUGUAAAUACUUGGAAAAUUCCUUUUGAUCCCAGCCUCAAAGAAGUCACCGUGUCCCUGAGUGGCCCUUCUCCUGUGAUUGAAAUUCGCAAUCCUUUCGGGAAGCUGAUAAGAAAGGGAUUCGGCUUGAACGAGCUGUUAAACAUCCAUAACUCUGCCAAAGUGGUGAAUGUCAAAGAGCCCGAUGCGGGAAUGUGGACAGUGAAGACUUCCAGCAGUGGAAGGCAUUCUGUUCGCAUCACCGGUCUCAGCACUAUUGAUUUCCGAGCUGGCUUCUCCCAAAAGCCCACACUGGACUUCAAAAAAACAAUGAGCAGACCAGUGCAAGGAAUACCUACCUAUGUGCUACUGAACACUUCUGGAAUCUCCAGUCCGGCUAGAGUAGAUCGUCUGGAACUUCUGAGUAUCUCGGGGGGGUCUCUUAAGACCAUCCCUGUUAAACAUUACCCAGACCGGAAACCUUACGGCAUCUGGAAUAUCUCUGACUUUGUCCCGCCAGAUGAAGCUUUCUUUCUCAAAGUGACAGGCUACGACAAAGAUGAUUAUCUCUUCCAGAGAGUGUCCAGCGUUUCCUUUUCCAGCAUUGUCCCAGAUGCUCCCAAAGUUACAAUGCCCACGAGAACCCCAGGAUACUACCUGCAGCCAGGCCAAAUCCUCUGCUCGGUUGAGAGUCUUUUGCCCUUUACUUUGAGCUUCAUGAGAGAUGGAAUGGCACUGGGAGUGGACCAAUAUUUAAAAGAAUCUGCCAGUGUGAACUGGGAUUUCAAAAAGGUCACUUCGUCUGAUGAAGGCUUCUAUGAGUGCAUCGCUGUGAGCAGCGCAGGGACCGGACGGGCGCAGACCUUUUUUGAUGUAUCAGAGCCACCUCCGAUCAUCCAAGUGCCUAGUAAUGUUACAGUCACUCCUGGAGAAAGAGCAGUGUUGGCGUGUCUUGUCAUCAGUGCCGUGGAUUACAAUCUUACCUGGCAGAGGAGUGGCAGAGAUGUCCAGCUAGUAGAUUCAGCAAGAAUUAGGACCUUGGUCAACCGCUCCCUGGAGCUGAGGAAUGUGAAAAUUGGUGAUGCUGGGGAGUACCGUUGUAUGGUUUCCAGCGAGGGUGGAUCAGCGGCAGCUUCGAUUUUCCUCAUAGUGCAAGAAAAACCCAAAGUCACUGUGAUGCCCAAGAAUCAGCCUUUCACAGGAGGAUCUGAGGUCUCCAUCAUGUGUUCUGCAGCAGGUUAUCCCAAGCCAAAAAUUGUCUGGACCGUUAAUGAGAUGCUUAUCAUGGGUUCACACAGAUACAGGAUGACCUCAGAAGGCUCUUUAUUCAUCAAGAAUGCAGUUCCCAAAGAUGCAGGGACCUACAGUUGCCUGGCAAGCAAUGCAGCUGGAACAGAUAAACAAACGUCCAUUCUUAGAUACAUUGAAGCCCCAAAGUUGAUGGUAGUUCAGAGUGAGCUCUUGGUGGCCCUUGGGGAUACAACAUUAAUGGAAUGUAAAGCCUCUGGGGUUCCCCCACCUCAAGUCAAGUGGUUCAAAGGAGAUCUUGAGUUGAGACCCUCAACGUUCCUCAGUAUUGACUCUCUCAUGGGACUUUUGAAGAUCCAGGAAACACAAGAUCUGGAUGCCGGCGACUAUACCUGUGUAGCCAUCAAUGAUGCUGGAAGAGCAACCGGCAGACUAACUCUGGAUGUAGGCUCACCUCCAGUCUUCAUACAAGAACCUUCUGAUGUGUCCAUGGAAAUUGGCUCCAAUGUGACAUUACCUUGUUAUGUUCAGGGUUACCCAGAACCACAGAUCAAAUGGCGAAGAUUGGACAACAUGCCAAUUCUCUCAAGACCCUUUUCUGUUAGUUCCAUCAGCCAGCUGAGAACAGGCGCUCUCUUUAUUUCAAAUUUAUGGGCAAGUGACAAAGGAACAUAUAUCUGUGAAGCUGAAAACCAGUUUGGAAAAAUACAGACACAGACGACAGUGACAGUGACAGGACUCGUUGCCCCGCUUAUUGGAACCAGCCCUUCUGUGGCCAGCAUUAUUGAAGGACAGCCACUCACUCUACCUUGCACUCUCUUGGCCGGAAACCCCAUCCCAGAGCGGCGGUGGAUGAAGAACUCAGCCAUGUUGGUACAGAGUCCUUAUAUAACUGUGCGCAGCGAUGGGAGCCUCCAUAUUGAAAGAGUUCGGAUUCAGGAUGGAGGAGAAUAUACUUGUGUGGCCAGUAAUGUUGCUGGAACCAAUAACAGAACAACGUCUGUGGCCGUGCAUGUUCUGCCAACCAUUCAGCACGGACAGCAGAUACUCAGCACAAUUGAAGGCAUUCCGGUAACUUUACCAUGCAAAGCAAGUGGGAUUCCCAAGCCAUCUAUCACCUGGUCAAAGAAAGGAGAACUGAUUUCAACCAGCAAUGCCAAGUUUUCUGCAGGGGCUGAUGGCAGUCUGUAUGUGGUGUCACCAGGAAGCGAGGAGAGUGGGGAGUACAUCUGCACAGCCACCAAUGCUGCUGGCUACGCCAAGAGGAAAGUGCAACUCACUGUCUAUGUAAGACCCAGAGUAUUUGGGGACCAAAGAGGACUGUCCCAAGAUAAGCCUGUGGAGAUCUCUGUCCUGGCUGGGGAUGAGGUGACACUUCCCUGUGAAGCUAAGAGCUUGCCCCCUCCCAUCAUUACCUGGGCCAAAGAUAGCCAACUCAUCUCUCCAUUUUCUCCAAGACACACGUUCCUCCCUUCUGGCUCAAUGAAGAUCACAGAGACUCGAGUUUCAGACAGCGGGAUGUAUCUCUGUGUUGCCACAAAUAUUGCUGGGAAUGUGACUCAGUCUGUUAAAUUAAGUGUCCAUGUUCCUCCAAAAAUACAGCAUGGAAUAAGACACAUAAAGGUCCAAGUUCGCCAGAGAGUGGACAUCCCAUGCAGUGCCCACGGGUUUCCACCUCCUGUGAUCACCUGGUUUAAAAGUGGAAAGCCCAUUCUUGUUGAUGGAGUGCAGCAUCCCAGCAAUCCAGAUGGGACUCUGAGCAUCGAGCAGGCUGUGGUUUCAGAUGCUGGCGUAUAUACCUGUGUUGCCACAAACAUAGCCGGCAGUGAUGAAGCAGAGGUCAUACUGCAUGUCCAAGAACCACCUACAGUAGAAGACCUGCAACCUCCUUUUAACACUCCACUCCAAGAAAGACUGGCCAAUCAACGCAUCGCAUUUCCAUGCCCUGCAAAAGGUACUCCUAAACCGACCAUCAAGUGGUUACACAAUGGGAGAGAACUGACAGGGCAAGAGCCUGGUGUUUCUAUCUUGGAAGAUGGCGCACUGUUGGUAAUUGCCUCUGUUACUCCACACAACAAUGGUGAAUAUAUCUGUGUGGCCAUCAAUGAAGCUGGGACCACAGAAAGGAAAUACAACCUCAAAGUUCAUGUUCCACCAGUAAUUAAAGAUAAAGAACACAUGACCAAUGUGUCUGUGUUGGUAAACCAACUGGCCAGUCUCCACUGCGAAGUAGAAGGAACUCCAUCUCCGGUCAUAAUGUGGUACAAGGAUGAAAUCCAGGUGACAGAAAGCAAUACUGUUCAGAUCGUGAACAAUGGGAAAACACUAAAGCUCUUUAAAGUGUCUGCAGAGGAUGCAGGAAGAUAUUCCUGCAAAGCCGUUAACAUCGCAGGCACCUCUCAGAAGUACUUUAGUGUCAGUGUGCUAGUCCCACCCAGCAUAAUAGGUUCCAGCUCCCCAAAUGAAGUCUCAGUUCUUCUUAGCCAUAACACCAGCCUGCAGUGUCAUGUCAGAGGCAACCCCUUCCCUGCUGUUCACUGGUUCAAGGAUGGCAAGCCUGUAUUUUUGGGAGAUCCUAACAUUGACAUUUCAGACAGAGGACAAAAUUUGCAUGUGAGGAGUGCACGGAGAAGCGACAAGGGACGCUAUCAGUGUGCUGUGUCCAAUGCAGCAGGCAAGCAAGCCAAGGACAUAAAACUGACUGUCUACGUUCCACCUAGUAUUAAAGGAGGGAAUGGCACCACGGAAAUAUCAGCGUUGCUCAACAGCAUAGUUAAACUGGAAUGUGAGACACGGGGUCUUCCAUUGCCUGCCGUUACCUGGUAUAAGGAUGGCCAGGUGGUCAUAUCCAGCUCACAAGCACUUUAUGUUGAUAAAGGACAAUUUCUUCACAUUCCAAGAGCAGAGAUCACUGAUUCAGGAACAUAUACAUGUCGUGUAUCCAAUGUUGCCGGAACAGCUGAAAAAUCAUUCCAUGUUGACAUCUAUGUUCCUCCAAUAAUUGAAGGUGACUUGACCACUCCUUCCAAUAAGCAAGUUGUUAUUGGUCAGUCAUUGAUCCUGGAGUGUAAAGCUGCUGGCAAUCCCCCUCCCAUUCUCACUUGGUUAAAAGAUGGUGUACCUGUGAAAGCUAGUGACAACAUCCAAAUAGAAGCUGGUGGGAAAAAACUCGAAAUCUUGAGUGCCCUAGAAGUUGAUCAGGGAGAAUACACAUGUGUGGCUACCAGUGUGGCAGGAGAACGGGAAAUCAAAUAUGAAGUUGAUGUCUUAGUGCCACCAGCUAUAGAAGGAGGAGAUGAAACAUCCUACUUUAUUGUGAUGGCAAAUAACCUCCUGGAGCUAGAUUGUCAGGUCACAGGUUCUCCCCCACCAACUAUCAUGUGGCUAAAAAGUGGUCAGCUAAUUGAUGAAAGAGAUGGAUUCAAGAUCUUACUAAAUGGACGCAAACUGAUUAUUGCUCAGGCUCAAGUGUCAGACACAGGCCUAUACCAGUGUGUGGCAACAAACAUUGCAGGGGACCACAGGAAGGCGUUUGAAGUAACAGUUCAUGUUCCUCCAACAAUUAAGUCCUCAGACCUUCCUGAGAAGACUGUGGUGAGAUACAAGUCAGUCACCUUGCAGUGUGUAGCCAACGGUAUUCCAAACCCAUCCAUUACAUGGCUGAAGGAUGGCCAGCCUGUGAACACUGCUCAAGGAAACCUUAGAAUACAGUCUUCUGGUAGAGUUCUACAGAUUGCCAAGGCUCUUGUGGAGGACGCUGGCAGGUAUACGUGUGUGGCUACCAAUGCAGCUGGAGAAGCGCAGCAGCACACCCGAUUGCACGUGCAUGAACCUCCCAGCCUGGACGAUGCAGGGAGGAUGCUGAAUGAAACAGUGGUGGCGAAUAACCCCAUUCAGUUGGCGUGUAAAGCGGCAGGCCAUCCCACUCCCACUAUUACAUGGUACAAAGACAACCGUCCACUCUCUGGUUCUACAAGUGUAGCCUUCUUGAACAGAGGGCAGAGCCUUCAUAUUGGAAGUGCUCAGAUCUCAGAUGCCGGCAUCUAUAAAUGUGUAGCCAUCAACUCUGCUGGAGCUACAGAGUUGUUUUACAGUCUACAAGUCCAUGUGCCUCCUUCAAUCUCAGGUAGCGGCUCCACAGUGGAGGUAGUGGUGAAUAAUCUAGCAAGGUUAGAAUGUGAAGCCAGGGGCAUCCCUGCCCCUAGUCUGACCUGGCUAAAAGAUGGAAGCCCUGUCUCUAGCUUCGCUAAUGGAAUACAGGUUCUCUCUGGGGGCCGAAUUUUAGCAUUGACCAGUGCACAAAUGAGUGACACAGGAAGGUACACCUGCGUGGCAGUGAAUGCUGCUGGGGAGAAACAAAGGGACAUUGACCUCAGAGUAUAUGUUCCACCCAAUAUUAUGGGAGAAGAACAGAAUGUCUCUGUCCUCAUUAGCCAAGCUGUGGAAUUAAUUUGUCAAAGCAAUGCUGUUCCCACACCUACUCUGAUGUGGAUGAAGGAUGGCCGCCCCCUUCUGAAGCGACCGGGUCUCAGUAUCUCUGAAAAUGGAAGUGUGCUGAAGAUUGAAGAUGCUCAUCUUCAAGACACUGGCCGUUACACCUGUGAAGCAACAAAUGUUGCUGGAAAAACUGAGAAACACUACAACGUCAACAUCUGGGUACCACCUAGUAUUUAUGGCUCUGAUGAGCUUGUGCAGCUUACAGCCAUUGAAGGGAACCUUAUCACUCUGCUGUGUGAAUCAAGUGGAAUUCCACCCCCAAAUCUUACCUGGAAGAAGAAAGGCUCUCUGGUGUUGGCUGACUCUGCAGGACGAGUUCGCAUUUUAUCUGGAGGCAGACGGUUACAUAUUUCAGUUGCUGAGAAAGCAGAUGCAGGACUCUACACAUGCAUAGCAUCCAGUGUGGCUGGAACUGCAAGGAAAGAGUAUAACCUGCAAGUGUACAUUCGACCAUCUAUAGCCAACAGUGGCAGCCAGCACUCAGAGAUUAUUGUCACCCGUGGGAAGAGUGUUUCGUUGAAAUGUGAGGUGCACGGUAUUCCUCAGCCAGCAGUGACCUGGAUGAAAGAUGGCCGUCCCUUGACCAAAGGAAAGGGAGUGGAAAUACUGGAUGAAGGUCGCAUCCUUCAGCUGAAGAAUGUUCAUGUGUCUGACACAGGCCGUUAUGUGUGUGUUGCUGUGAAUGUAGCAGGAGUGACUGACAAAAGACACGACUUAAGUGUUCAUGCCCCUCCCAGCAUCAUAGGAAACCUUGGAGUCCCUGAGAAUGUCAGUGUGGUGGAAAAGACUUCUGUAUCCCUGACCUGUGAAGCCUCCGGUAUCCCCUUGCCUUCCAUAACCUGGCUUAAAGACGGCUGGCCUGUCAGCCUCAGCAGUUCUGUGAAGAUUCUCUCAGGAGGCAGGAUGCUGCGGUUGAUGCAGUCCAGACCAGAAGAUGCUGGCCAGUAUACUUGUGUUGUAAGGAAUGCAGCUGGUGAAGACAGGAAAGUGUUUGGACUUUCAGUAUUAGUUCCUCCUCAUAUUGUGGGUGAAAAUACAUUGGAAGAUGUAAAGAUUAAGGAGAAACAGAAUGUUACGUUGACAUGUGAAGCGACAGGCAAUCCUGUGCCACAGAUCACAUGGCACAAAGACGGACAGCUUCUCCAAGAAGAUGACGUCCACCACAUGAUGUCUAAUGGCCGUUUCCUUCAGAUCACCAAUGCUCAGGUGUCUCACACAGGACGAUACACUUGUUUGGCCUCUAAUACAGCUGGUGACAAAAGCAAAAGUUUCAGUCUCAAUGUUUUUGUAUCUCCUACAAUUGCUGGUAUAGACAGUGAUGGCAGCCCAGAAGACGUCAUUGUCAUCCUUAACAGCCCCACUUCUUUAGUCUGUGAGGCAUAUUCCUAUCCUCCAGCUACCAUCACCUGGUUCAAGGAUGGAGCGCCUUUAGAAUCCAACCGAAAUAUUCGAAUUCUCCCAGGAGGCCGGACUCUGCAGAUCCUAAAUGCACAGGAAGACAAUGCUGGAAGAUACUCAUGUGUGGCCACUAACGAGGCUGGGGAAAUGAUGAAGCACUAUGAGGUGAAGGUCUACAUUCCACCUAUAAUCAAGAAAGGAGACCUUUUGGGACCAGGUCUUUCCCCUAAAGAGGUGAAGAUUAGGGUGAAUAGCAGCCUGACCCUGGAGUGUGAAGCUUAUGCAAUUCCUUCUGCCUCCCUUCGCUGGUACAAGGAUGGACAGCCCCUUAAGUCAGAUGAUCAUGUUAACAUCGCUGCAAAUGGACAUACUCUUCAAAUAAAGGAAGCUCAAAUAUCCGACACUGGACGAUACACUUGUGUCGCAUCGAACCUUGCAGGUGAAGAUGAGUUGGAUUUUGAUGUGAAUAUCCAAGUCCCACCAAGUUUUCAGAAGCUUUGGGAAAUAGGAAACAUGCUGGAUACUGGCAGGACUGGGGAAGCCAAAGAUGUGAUCAUCAACAAUCCCAUUUCUCUGCACUGUGAGACCAACGCUGCUCCUCCCCCAACUCUGACAUGGUACAAAGAUGGCCGACCUCUGACCUCCAGCGACAGAGUAUUGAUUUUGCCAGGAGGGCGAGUGCUGCAGAUUCCACGGGCUAAAGUAGAAGAUGCUGGGAGGUACACAUGCGUGGCUAUGAAUGAGGCUGGGGAAGACUCCCUGCAGUAUGAUGUCCGUGUGCUCUUGCCGCCAUUUAUCAAGGGAGCAAACAGUGAUCACCCAGAAGAGGUCACCGUGCUGGUGAACAAGAGUGCACGGAUGGAAUGUCUGUCAAGUGGUAACCCAGCACCCAGGAAUUCCUGGCAGAAGGAUGGACAGCCCUUGUUAGAAGAUGAACAUCAUAAGUUCCUAUCUGAUGGCAGGAGUCUUCAGAUACUAAACGCUCAAAUAACAGAUAUCGGGAGGUAUGUGUGUGUCGCUGAGAACACAGCUGGGAAUGCCAAAAAAUACUUCAACCUAAACAUUCAUGUUCCUCCAAGUGUCAUUGGUCCUAACCAUGAACAGCUCGCUGUGGUGGUGAACCAUUUCAUCUCUUUGACCUGUGAGGUGUCUGGUUUUCCCCCUCCUGACCUCAGCUGGCUCAAGAAUGAAGAGCCCAUCAAACCGAACACUAAUGUUCUCAUUGUGCCUGGUGGUCGAACUCUACAGAUUAUUCGGGCCAAGGUAUCUGAUGGUGGUGACUACACCUGCAUUGCCAUCAACCAAGCUGGAGAAAGCAAGAAGAAAAUCUCCUUGACUGUUCAUGUACCCCCAAGCAUUAAGGAUCAUGGCAGCGAGUCUCUUUCUGUAGUCAACGUAAGAGAGGGGACCUCGGUAUCAUUGGAAUGCGAGUCAAAUGCUGUCCCUCCUCCAGUCAUCACCUGGUCCAAGAAUGGGCGGAUAAUAACGGAUUCUACCCACGUGGAGAUUUUAACUGGUGGACAAAUGCUACACAUCAAGCGAGCCGAGGUGUCUGACACAGGCCAGUAUGUGUGUAGAGCUAUAAAUGUAGCAGGACGAGAUGAUAAAAAUUUCCACCUCAAUGUAUAUGUGCCUCCCACCAUUGAAGGGCCCGAAGGAGAGGUAGUUGUGGAGACCAUCAACAAUCCAGUGACACUGACAUGCGAUGCCACUGGGAUCCCACCCCCCACCAUCACAUGGUUAAAGAACCACAAGCCGAUAGAAAAUUCUGACCCACUCGAAGUCCACAUUUUAUCUGGAGGAACCAAACUGCAAAUUGCCCGACCUCGGCGUUCAGAUAGUGGAAACUACACCUGUGUUGCAUCCAAUAUGGAGGGAAAGGCUCAGAAAAACUAUAUCCUUUCCAUUCAGGUCCCUCCAAGUGUUGCUGGUGCUGAAGUUCCUAGUGAAGUCAGUGUCCUUCUUGGGGAAAACGUUGAGCUGGUCUGCAGUGCAGAUGGCAUUCCCAGCCCACGUCUCCAGUGGCUUAGGGAUGGAAAACCCAUCGUGAAUGGUGAAACAGAAAGAAUCAGGGUCACUGCAAAUGGAAGCACACUGAACAUUUACAGAGCUCUCACAUCUGACACGGGGAAGUAUACAUGUGUGGCUACUAAUCCCGCUGGAGAAGAAGACCGAAUAUUUAACUUGAAUGUCUAUGUUCCACCUAAAAUCAGAGCAAAUAAAGAAGAGGCGGAGAAACUGAUGGCUCUGGUAGACACGUCAAUAAAUAUUGAAUGCAAAGCUACGGGGACACCUCCACCGCAGAUCCACUGGCUGAAGAAUGGCCUGCCCCUGCCCCUGUCCUCCCAUGUUCGCUUGCUGUCAGCAGGGCAGGCUGUCAGGAUCGUGAGAGCUCAGGUGUCUGAUGUUGCUGUGUAUACUUGUGUGGCCUCCAACAGAGCUGGUGUGGAUAGUAAGCACUACAGCCUCCAAGUCUUUGUGCCACCAAAUAUGGACAAUGCAAUGGGAACAGAGGAAAUCACCAUUGUCAAAGGCAGUUCUACCUCUAUGACGUGCUUUACAGAUGGAACCCCAACUCCGAGUGUGUCUUGGCUGAGGGAUGGCCAGCCUCUGGUGCUUGAUUCCCAUCUGACCAUCAGCACUCAAGGAAUGGUCCUGCAGCUCAUCAAGGCAGAAACCGAGGAUUCUGGAAAGUAUACCUGUGUUUCCUCAAACGAAGCUGGAGAAGUCAGCAAGCAUUUUGUCCUGAAAGUUCUAGAGCCACCUUACAUCAACGGAUCUGAAGGGCCUGGGGAGGUAUCAGUAAUUGUAAACAGCCCACUUGAACUGUCCUGCAUUGCUUCUGGAGUCCCAGCCCCUAAAGUUUCCUGGAUGAAAGAUGGCCGGCCCUUUCUUCAGACAGAUCAAGUGCAGACUCUGGAAGGAGGAGCCAUUCUCCGAGUACCCAGAGCUCAGGUGGAGGAUACAGGAAGAUAUACGUGUCUGGCGUCCAGUCCUGCAGGGGAUGCUGACAAGGAGUACUUAGUGAGAGUACAUGUGCCUCCUAAUAUUGCUGGAAUGGAUGAACCCCAGGACUUCACUGUGCUGAAGAACAGACAGGUGACCCUGGAAUGCAAAUCAGAUGCAGUGCCCCCACCUAUGAUCAUGUGGCUCAAAGACGGGGAGCAGUUACAGGCAACACCUCGGGUAAGAGUUCUGUCUGGAGGAAGAUACUUGCAAAUUAAUAAUGCAGAUUUGGGAGACACAGCCAAUUACACCUGUGUAGCCAGCAACAUCGCAGGAAAGACUACAAGAGAAUUUAUCCUCACUGUAAAUGUUCCUCCGAGCAUCAGUGGUGGUCCCCAGAGUCUUGUCACUCUCUUAAAUAAGUCAAUCACACUGGAAUGCUUUGCUGAAGGUGUGCCAACUCCAAGGAUAGCAUGGAGAAAGGAUGGAGCUGUGCUAGCCGAGAGCCAUGCAAGAUACUCCAUCUUGGAAAAUGGAUUCCUUCACAUUCAGUCAGCACAUGUCGCAGAUACUGGGCGGUAUCUGUGUAUGGCAACCAGUGUGGCUGGAACAGACCGGAGACGAAUAGAUCUUCAAGUCCAUGUUCCUCCAUCUAUUGCUAUGGGUCCAAGCAAUGUAACAGUGACAGUGAAUGUCCAGACUACUCUGGCCUGUGAAGCUACAGGGAUACCAAAACCAUCGAUCAACUGGAGGAAAAAUGGACAACUUCUUAAUGUAGAUCAAAAUCAAAAUUCCUACAGGCUCCUUUCUUCGGGUUCACUUGUCAUCAUUUCCCCCUCUGUGGAUGACACGGCCAGUUAUGAGUGCACGGUGACGAGCGAUGCUGGGGAGGACAAGAGAGCAGUGGAUCUCACUGUCCAAGGUAGAACUGGCUGGAAAGUGGAUAGAAUGUCACACAGUGCUGUCUUCUCACCAGCCAGCUUCUCUUUCCACCUGCUUAGCACUCAGUCUCUGAGCAUCAGAGAGAAGAGGGACCAAUGGCUUUGGGGCUGUGAAGGGAUGAGUGGAAACGUAUGGCUUUCUCUCGUUGCUGUUUUAGUUCCUCCCGCCAUAGCUGAUGAGCUGAUGGACUUCCUGGUAACCAGACAGGCUCCAGUGGUCUUGACCUGCUCUGCAUCAGGAGUUCCAGUUCCCUCAAUUCACUGGACCAGAAAUGGCAUACGACUGCUUCCCAGAGGAGACGGCUAUCGGAUUCUCUCCUCAGGGGCCAUUGAGAUAUUUGCUACCCAAUUAAGCCAUGCAGGAAGAUACACUUGUGUUGCUAGGAACGCAGCUGGCUCUGCACACCGGCAUGUAACCCUUCGUGUUCAAGAGCCUCCAGUCAUUCAGCCCCAGCCAAGCGAACUGGAUGUCAUUCUCAACAACCCCAUCUUACUACCCUGUGAAGCAACAGGAAUACCCAGUCCAUUCAUCACCUGGCAAAAAGAAGGCAUCAAUGUCCUUACGUCAUCAGGCAAAAGCCUUGCAGUUCUGCCCAGCGGCAGCUUACAAAUCUCCAGAGCUGUUCGAGAGGAUGCUGGUACUUACAUGUGUGUGGCUCAGAACCCAGCUGGGACAGCCUUGGGUAAAAUCAAGCUGAAUGUACAAGUUCCCCCAGCCAUUAGUUCUCAUCAAAAGGAGUAUGUUGUUACUGUGGAUAAACCUGUGUCCUUACUGUGUGAAGCAGAGGGCUUCCCACCACCUGACAUCACCUGGCAUAAAGAUGGGCACGCACUUAGUGAAUCCCUCCGUCAGCGCAUUCUGAACUCAGGCGCUCUGCAGAUUGCAUUUGCUCAGUCUGAUGACGCUGGCCGAUACACUUGCACGGCAGCUAAUGCAGCGGGAUCGAGCAGCGUGAGCACCACACUCACGGUCCACGUGCCACCGAAGAUCCAAAGUACAGAAGAACACUACACGGUCAACGAAAACUCCCAGGCCGUCCUCCCAUGUGCUGCUGAUGGAAUCCCCAUGCCUGCAAUUCACUGGGAAAAAGACAGUGUUCUUAUAGCCAACUUGUUAGGGAAAUCUACUGCUCAGCCAGAUGGGGAACUCAUCUUGGAAAACGCUGUGCUGGAAGAUUCUGGCACCUACACAUGUGUGGCUAGCAAUGCUGCAGGUGAAGAUACGCAUACUGUGACCCUGACUGUUCAUGCCCUUCCCACUUUUACUGAACUUCCUGGAGACCUGUCAUUAAAUAAAGGAGAGCAGCUACGGUUAAGUUGUAAAGCCAGGGGCAUCCCAUUGCCCAAACUAACAUGGACCUUCAACAACAAUAUUAUUCCAGCCCACUUUGACAGCGUCAAUGGACACAGUGAACUUGUUAUUGAAAAGGUGUCAAGGGAGGACUCGGGUACUUACGUGUGUACAGCGGAGAACAGUGUUGGCUUUGUGAAGGCUAUUGGAUUUGUUUAUGUGAAAGAGCCUCCAGUCUUCAAAGGUGAUUACCCCUCUAACUGGAUUGAACCACUUGGCGGUAAUGCAAUCCUGAACUGCGAGGUGAGAGGAGACCCUGCCCCAACUAUCCAGUGGAGCCGCAAGGGGGCUGACAUAGAAAUUAGUCACAGGAUCCGGCAACUGGGUAAUGGCUCCUUGGCCAUCUACGGUACUGUGAAUGAAGAUGCUGGUGACUACACAUGCGUAGCUGCCAACGAGGCUGGAGUGGUGGAGCGCAGCAUGAGCCUGACUCUGCAAAGUCCUCCCAUCAUCACUCUUGAGCCAGUGGAAACUGUAGUGGAUGCUGGUGGCCGAGUCAUACUGGAUUGUCAAGCAACUGGUGAACCUCAGCCAACCAUCACCUGGUCCCGUCAAGGACACUCCAUCUCCUGGGAUAACCGACUUACCAUGCUGUCCAACAGCUCACUAUACAUCGCUGCUGCUCGCAAGGAAGACACUGCUGAAUAUGAAUGUGUUGCCCGAAACUUAAUGGGCUCUGUCCUUGUCAGAGUGCCCGUCAUAGUCCAGGUGCAUGGUGGGUUUUCACUGUGGUCUGCCUGGAGGUCCUGCAGUGUCACCUGUGGAAAAGGCAUCCAAAAAAGGAGCCGACUGUGCAACAACCCACUUCCAGCCAAUGGUGGGAGACCAUGCCAAGGGUCAGAUUCAGAAGCACGACACUGUCAGAAUAAGCUGUGUCCAGUGGAUGGUCACUGGUCAGAAUGGAGUUUCUGGGAAGAAUGCACAAGAAGCUGUGGGCAUGGCAACCAAACCAGAACCAGAACUUGCAGUAACCCAUCAGCUCAACAUGGUGGGCGACCAUGUGAAGGACAGGCUGUGGAAAUCAUCAUGUGUAACAAUAGGCCUUGCCCAGUUCAUGGAGUGUGGAGUGCUUGGCAGCCUUGGGCUACAUGCAGCAAAAGUUGUGGAAAAGGCAGCCAGACAAGAACAAGACUUUGCAACAACCCACCACCCUCAUUUGGUGGGGCCUACUGCAGUGGAGCAGAAACCCAGAUGCAAAUCUGCAAUGAGAGGCAUUGUCCAGUUGAUGGCAAGUGGGCGACUUGGGCCAGUUGGAGCGCCUGCACUGUAUCCUGCGGAGGAGGUGCUAGGAAGAGAACAAGGGACUGUUCUGACCCAGUGCCACAGUAUGGAGGAAACAAAUGUGAAGGGAGUGGUAUCCAGAGUGAUUAUUGCAAUAAUGACCCUUGUCCAACCCAUGGUAACUGGAGCCCUUGGAGUGGCUGGGGGACUUGCAGCCGGACAUGCAAUGGAGGACAGAUGCGGAGGUACCGCACAUGUGAUAAUCCACAUCCUUCCAAUGGAGGAAGAGCCUGUGGGGGUCCAGAUACCCAGAUCCAGAGGUGCAACACUGACAUGUGUCCUGUGGAUGGAAGUUGGGGGACAUGGCAUAGUUGGAGCCAUUGUUCUGUCUCUUGUGGAGGAGGUGAAAGGUCUCGAAAGCGGCUGUGUGACAAUCCAGUGCCAUCUAAAACUGGCCGUUCCUGUCCAGGAGAUACCACCCAGGUGUCCAGAUGCAACACACAGGCAUGUCCAGGUGGACCCCAGCGAGCCAGAGGAAGUGUUAUUGGGAAUAUUAAUGAUAUUGAAUUUGGAAUCGCUUUCCUUAAUGCCUCAAUAACAGAUAGCCCUAACUCUGAUACAAAAAUAAUACAGGCCAAGAUUACCAAUGUGCCUCGCAGUCUUGGUCCAGCAAUGAGAAAGAUCAUUUCUAUCCUAAAUCCCAUUUACUGGACAACAGCAAAAGAAAUAGGAGAAGCAGUCAAUGGUUUUACCCUCACUAAUGCAGUCUUCAAAAGAGAGACACAAGUGGAAUUUGCAACUGGAGAGGUCUUGCGGAUGACACACGUGGCUCGGGGCUUGGAUUCUGACGGUGCCUUGUUGCUUGAUGUCAUUCUAAAUGGCUAUGUCCUUCAGCUCCUGUCACCUGCUGAAGUCACUGUGAAGGAUUACACAGAGGACUACAUUCAAACGGGACCUGGGCAGCUCUAUGCCUACUCAACCCGGCUCUUCACCAUCGAUGGCAUUAGUGUCCCCUACACAUGGAACCACACCAUUUUCUAUGAUCAGGCCUGGGGGAAGAUGCCUUUCUUAGUAGAGACACUCCAUGCGUCUUCUGUGGAGUCUGACUACAACCAACUGGAAGAGACCUUGGGUUUUAAAAUCCACGCUUCAAUUUCCAAAGGAGAUCGCAGUAACCAGUGCCCCUCUGGCUUCACCUUAGACUCUGUUGGACCCUUUUGUGCUGAUGAAGAUGAGUGCGCAGCAGGGAACCCCUGCUCCCACACCUGCCACAAUGCCAUAGGAGCCUAUUACUGCUCCUGUCCCAAAGGCCUCACCAUAGCAGCGGAUGGAAGAACCUGCCAAGACAUCGAUGAGUGUGCUUUGGGUGGACAUAUCUGUCAUGCUGGUCAGGACUGUGACAAUACCAUCGGGUCCUAUCGCUGUGUGGUCCAUUGUGGAGCAGGCUUCCGGAGAACCUCUGACGGGCUUAGCUGUCAAGAUAUUAAUGAAUGUCAGGAAUCCAGCCCCUGUCACCAGCGGUGUUUCAAUGUCAUUGGAAGUUUCCAUUGUGGAUGUGAAGCUGGCUAUCAACUCAAAGGCAGAAAAUGCAUCGAUGUGAACGAAUGUAGACAGAACGUGUGCAGACCAGACCAGCACUGUAAGAACACCCGUGGCGGCUAUAAGUGCAUCGACCUUUGUCCAAAUGGAAUGACCAAGGCUGAAAACGGGACCUGUGUUGACAUCGAUGAGUGCAAAGAUGGGACCCAUCAGUGCAGAUAUAACCAAAUUUGUGAAAACACAAGAGGCAGCUACCGGUGUGCAUGCCCCAGGGGUUAUCGGUCCCAAGGAGUUGGAAGACCCUGUACUGACAUUAAUGAAUGUGAGCAAGUACCAAAACCUUGUGCACAUCAGUGCUCCAACACCCCGGGCAGCUUCAAGUGUGUCUGUCCCCCAGGACAACAUUUAUUAGGGGAUGGGAAAUCUUGCGCUGGAUUGGAGAGGCUGUCGAAUGUGGGCGCUCAAUACAGUCGCUAUAACCUUGCGCGGUUCUCCCCUGUGAGAGGCGACUAUCAACCUCCGCAGCAUUACAGACAGCACUCACAGCUCUACAGCUCCUACUCAGAGUUUAGGAACAGCAGAGCAUCUUUCUCCAGGAAUAGAAGGACUAUUAGGAAAACUUGCCCUGAAGGCACUGAGGCAGACCAUGAAACAUGUGUAGAUAUUGAUGAAUGUCAAAACAGAGAUACUUGCCAACAUGAGUGUAAAAAUACCAUCGGGAGCUACCAGUGUGCCUGCCCACCAGGCUACCGACUCAUGCUCAAUGGGAAAACAUGCCAAGAUGUGGAUGAGUGCCUGGAGCAGAACGUGCGCUGUGGACCGAAUCGCAUGUGUUUCAACAUGAGAGGAAGCUAUCAGUGCAUUGACACGCCCUGUCCACCCAACUACCAACGGGAUCCUAUUUUGGGGUUCUGCCUUAAGAACUGCCCACCCAAUGACUUGGAAUGUACCUUGAGCCCAUAUGCCUUGGAAUAUAAGCUUCUCUCCCUCCCAUUUGGAAUAGCCGCCAAUCAAGAUUUAAUCCGGCUGGUUGCGUACACACAGGAUGGAGUGAUGCAUCCCAGAACAACUUUUCUCAUGGUUGAUGAGGAGCCAGCUGUUCCUUUUGCCUUAAGGGAUGAAAACCUGAAAGGAGUAGUGUACACUACACGCCCACUGCGAGAGGCAGAGACCUACCGGAUGAAGGUCCGCGCUUUAUCCUACAGUGCCAAUGGGACCAUUGAGUACCAGACCACAUUCAUAGUCUAUAUAGCUGUGUCUGCCUAUCCGUACUAGGGAGUUUUUCAGAACCUAGUCCACAUAUUUAAAGUGCUUUAAUCAUGGCAAACAAGGACCCCUCCAGUUUACUAUCUCUUGAACAGUUGCAAUCUUGGCAACUUGAAAACGGUGCUGUUCCCUGUUGCGUGUGUGUGUUCCUCGGUACUGCUGAAGUAGUCGUAUGAGCCCACUAUGACCAUGUAUCUUGUAGUAAGGCUAGAAGAGUCCGCUGUCCUUUUCUUUAUUUAUUGCACUGGAGCAGUUACUUCCCAAAGAUUAUUCUGAUCAGCUAACAGGGCACGUCA